CGUUAUCGUCACGGUCACACCAGCAGGUCAGCCAGAGCAGCCUUAAAGAUUUACGACAACUGAAAUGUUCUUAAAUAUAUAGCAGAGUAGCCAAAAACUCUGCCCCAAAGGGCCCUUUUUGUGUGUUUUCGGUUACUCGUGCUCGUGUGUGUCCUUGUGUUGAUUUUUGCUGUUUUAAUACCCUGUGCAAAUAGCUCUGUCACUGACUUGACGAAGCUGCUUGCGUGCCGUUUUUCUGUUGGCACUAAGAAAGUGGUCUCAAAGCAGAAGCGAAAAGAAAAGUGAAUAAGCAAUCAUACGGUAGCAGAGCCAGCAGCACCUCGAUCCUCUUUCGGCAAUGACGUCCACAAACAAUCUGGUCGAUGUUGUGCGUCACUAUCAGCGGAGCAUCGAGAAGCAUGGCGAGGACGAGAAAAGGAUGAUGCACUGCAUCACAAAGCUGUUCAAUCUGCCCAUCAAAUUCGAACACCUGCAGGAGACGGGCAUCGGCAAGACGGUGAAUGCCCUGCGAAAAUUCAACGGCGAGGUUGGGGUGGCCGCCCGCACUCUAGUCACACGAUGGAAGGCCAUGGUGGCCGCCGAGGAGGAGCCCGCCGAGCCAGCGCCAUCGGCAACGGCAACCACUAGCCAGGAGGAGGAUUCGAGCAAAUCGAAUGGGCGGCGAUCCAGUGAAGAUGAUCAGGAACUGGAGUACAAAGGCAGCAAUUCAUCCAGCGGCGACGACGGACCUAGCAGCAGCAAGCGAAAGUCCCGACACGACGAGACCAGCUCCAAAAGCAAGUCCGAGAGGAGCAGCAGCAGUAAGCAUCACGCGAAGAGCUCCAAGUCUGAAUCAGACAAGAAACACAAGAGCAGCCGCCAUGAUAGGUCCAGGGAAAAGGAGAAGGACAAGGAAAGGGAGAGCCACAAGGAGUCCAAGGAGCACAGGGACAAGAAAUCGAAUGGCGAACACAAGACUAAGGACUUGUCCUCACCAAACAAGUCAAGCAGCGGCAGCAUCAGCCACAGGAACAGCAGCAGUCACCACACCAGCAAAUCCGAGGGCCACAGAAACGACACAAAAGAACACCGCAAAUCCAAGCACGAAAAGAGCUUGAAAGAGGAUAAAGAUAAACCCCAGCACAUCGAUCAAAAGACACCGAAAGAUAAAUCGGAGAGGCACAAAUCAUCUUCCUCAUCGUCCAAGUCAUCCAAGCGACAUCACAGCCCGCAGCGUCAGGAGGAGGAGCUCGCCACACCCAAGCCCAAAAUAGCAAAAACCAAAAUGACCAAAGAUGCAACCGGUCAGGAGGAGUCCGUGGAUGGCUUCGACUCCAGCAUGGGUGCCAAUUUCGAUGACGUUCUCGGCAUGCUCAACAUGCCCAUGAGCAGCAACAAGAAGAGCAGCAGCAGCAAAGCGAAGCAUGUGGCCAAGCCACACACAACAGCAGCCUCAUCAUCCUCCACAUCUUCAGCUUCAGCAUCAGCAUCAGUAGCCGCAGCAGCUGUGGCGCCAUCCUACAGGGAAGCUUCCUCCAGCAGCAGUCGACCCGUCACUACCAAAAAACCCGAACUACUCGCCUCCACCGCCAAGCUGGAGCCACUAGAUCCGAGCAUUGCCCUUGAGCUGCCUACCAUUUCGAACAACUACAAACCCUUGCCCUUGAAUCAGACAGUCAUGGAUGUGGUAUUCAACCAUAGUGGUGGCACCCAGAAGCCCUCCGCCGCUCGCUACUUCAACGAAUCGGAGGCCCUGGCCGCAGGCAUUUCCUCAAAGACAAUGCGCACUAAGAUCUACUCAGGUGUGAGGACUGGCCAAAUCCUGCAGGUGGCCUCACUAUUUGAUCUGUGCACGCGAGUCCUGCAGAAGAAUAUUGAUGCCUUGGAGUACACCGGUGGCGUGCCUUUUGAGGUGCUUCGACCUGUUCUGGAGCGGGCAACACCUCAGCAGCUGUUAAACUUCGAGGAGUACAAUCCGUAUCUGAUGGACGACAGCGAUAUCCUGUGGCAGAUGCAUGUCACGCGCCACUGUCGCAGCCAGCGGCGUGAGGAGAUGGAGACAUGGCGUGAAAUGUUCUUGCGCUGCCAGGAGGAGAAGGAUCGCAAGCUCAGCAUACUCGCCGAGAGCAUCAGGGCCUCGCAAAAGAUCAGCGAGGCUCCAGUGCGCAAAACUCAGUUGGCUUUCGUGGACUCGAUGGUAAAGCCACCGCGCAACGUGCAACGCAAGCAGGAGCAGUACGGCACUAAGGGCAAAUUGAUAGCAACGCCAGCCGCCCGAGUGGCGGCUCUUUCCAGUGUGACGCCCAAUGCCGCCAAGGUGGGCGAUGCCCGACUGCGCGUACUGGGUGCAGGACGUGACACAGCGCAAAUUGCUCCGAUGCGACCCAAGAAGGCUCCUCUGAUGGCCAAGACCUUGCAGUUUAUGCGCAGCCGCAAGAGAUAGGAGGAAUAGUAGGGCUAAUACAAUGUUAUAAUGCGUUUACUCGUUAUAGUUACAAUCAAUCUUAUACUCAACAUAAAACAACAGCAGCUACAAACUGUAACGCGGCAGCUGCAUUCGGAAAGCUCUCUUUUCUUUUUUGAGGGGAGAGAGUCCAGUUGCCCAGGUCCAAUUGCGGCACGCAUCAUCCGGUACCGCCCUGCUUAUUAUUUAUUAAUUUUCUAUCCCCUUGGAUAGCCCACAUAUUCAUUCUAUUGUGUACUAGAGGUCUUAAGUUCGAUUCUUAGCUAUAGUAAGUCAACGUUUUGUUGUUGGAGAGAUUGGAUUACGUUCAGGUUAAUAGUUGGAACUUUCUAAACUCAAUUUUAUCGAUUAAGAUGCAGACUAAAUUUAAGUUCCAAUUGUUCUUUUGUCCCAGAGGGCUGUGCGAGUGUCGAAAGUCAAAGAGGAGUGGUGGAGUGAGUAGUUCCAGGCCGAUGCAGAUUGUCUGUACAUACAUAUAUAUAUAUGUUAAUCCCACAUAAUCGAAAUUUAUCAGCCUAUAAGCUAUAAUCAAAGGCGUUUUAUUCCACUAGUAAGCCAAUGAAGGCGUAGGCAUCAGGUAAUCAGUAGCUCAAUAGCCGACCAGAGCCUUGUUUACGAUACAAUCUGACAUUUGUGAGGAGGAGUCAAUCGAUCACACUAAUUGUUAAUAUAAUGGGAUAUAUAUAGUAUAAAGAAUACACCCCCCCAGCAGCAGAGACAAAGAAAAAACCAUUUGUUGCACACACACAUACACAGAAUAGUAACAGUAAAUAUUAUACAGACUUAUUAAAAAUAAAUUAUUUUCAAGCAUAAA